CUUUUGUCUGCUUAAGAGAUCCUCUAAAAGUCUAUUCGGCCUAUCAAAUAUAACUAUUUGCUUACAUCAUGAUGAAAUCAUUAUCUUUUCACUCGAGCCAACCUCAAAAGAAGAAGAUUGCAGUCGUUCCCCAUGUUAUCAAGGGGAAGGAUGUUGUAACUAAGAAGUUGGAGCCAGUUUAUUCUCAUCAAAAUACCUCGAAGAAAAUUCACGAUUUUGCUGCUUUAACCAAUUUAGAAGGUGAUAUUGCUCAACUCUGUGAUGACUCUUACUCUGGUUACUUAGCGUGGUCUACUAAAUCUCAUAUUGAAAGAACCAAGAUUCUUCAAGCCGCUGCACAAAACGUUAGAAAUCGUCGUGAAGAUUUCUUGCUGAGUUUGGAAGAAAUUGGUUUAAGUAAUCAAUUUGCUGAAUUUAAUAUCAUGACUGCAGCAAACCAUAUCGAAGAGUAUGCAAGAAAUAUCUCUCUGCCUGACGGAACCUUAACAAAGUCCGAUCUUUGUGAUUUAUCUUUAAUCGUUCGUAAUCCAAUUGGUCCUGUUUACUCAGUUGCUCCUUGGAAUGCUCCUUUGAUUUUAACUAAUCGUUCCCUUGCUGCUCCUUUAGCUGCUGGUUGCUCGGUUCUUUUGAAAUCCUCGGAAAAGGCUCCUUUGGUAGCUUACUUUUUGGUCAAAUGUUAUCUUGAUGCUGGUGUUCCUCCAAAAACACUUCAACUUUUCCAUGUUGCUCCAAGAGAAAUUCCUCAAGCUACUGAAAUGGUUAUUUCUAAUAAACAUGUUCGUAAAGUAAACUUUACUGGUUCUACUUUUGUUGGUGGUAAAAUCGCAUUAACUUGUGCAAAAUAUUUAAAACCUUAUUUGUUGGAACUUGGUGGUAAAAAUUAUUCAAUUGUCUGUAAAGAUGCUGAUAUUCCAAAAGCUAUUGAAAAUAUCUUUUUUAGUGCCUUCUUUCAUAAAGGCCAAAUUUGCAUGUGUCUUGAUAAAGUAUUCAUUCACGACUCAAUUUAUAAUACUUUUGUUGAAAAAUUACAAUCAAUGGCUAAAAAGGCUUUGAAAAAACCUGAUCAUGAAGUCCCUCAACGUGAUAUGGUUUCUACUACCAAGAUUCAUGAUUUAGUUGCCGAUGCUCUUAAUAAAGGUGCUAAGAUCAUUUAUGGUGAAAAACAAGAUUUAGUUAUUUCUUCUUCUGGAGAUCAUACCGCCAUGACUCCAAUAAUCUUAGCAGAUAUUACCCUGAAAAUGUCUCUCGAUACGGUUGAAUCUUUUGGUCCAGUUUUGAGUCUUCAUAAAUUUAAAGAUGAAAAUAAAUUAAUAGAAAAAGCUAAUGGUGAAGAGUAUGGAUUAAAAGUUUCUAUUUGGUCUUCAAACGUUUUGCAUGCUUUAUCUCUCGCUAAAAAAAUCGAUUCAGGUGGUGUCCACAUUAAUAGCUCUUCUAUUCACGAUGAAGCUUAUCAACCUCAUGGUGGUGUUAAAAGCAGUGGUUGUGGUAGAUUCAACAGUUCUUGGGGUAUUGAUUCUUUCUCUUACAUCAAAACUAUCACCUUAAAUCAAUAAUUUGCAUUCAGAUCAAUCAAUUUUUCUUCUUCGUUAAAAAAAUCGAGUCUGCUUUUUUUUUUCUUUAAUGUUCUUUAAUAUGGGAGAUAGCUUUUCCCAUCAUGUGUUUUAC